AUGACGAGCCUUAAGCGCAAGCUGGACCGAAAUUACGAAUCGGGCAGUGCAUAUCUAGCAGAUUCUCCUCAGGGUGAGUAUUAUUGCCAGGAGCUCAAUGGCGAAUACCGCCUGUUAACUGCUGGGCAUCCAGUAUCAUCAUCUACUUCAUCUUUGAGCCGCUCACGAGGUGCAAGCCGUGGCGGCUUGCGAUCGCGAGCAAGGGGAAAGGGCCGUGCGCGUAUUGGUCGUUCAAAAUCUUUGAACGGGAGCACCCAUGACGAACCUCUGCCGAGUCAAACUCACUCGGAUCCCCCGCAAACCCCUCGAGCAAAAAGAGCUCGAAAGGCAAAGGAAGAGAUCGCUCCUGAAAAUGGCAUUUCGGAAUCGAGCACCCCCCGGCCAACCCGUCAAUCUGCUAGGAUUCUUUCCAAGUUUCAUCAUAUGAGCUCCGUACCUGAGGAGCUUGACGACUUGGCCAUACAACAACCAGACUUCAAUAGGCCUCUUGAUAUCCAUAUUGGUUCCGACGAAUUGGAGGCCAAUGAAGAUGAUGCCUCGUCAAAAUCGCCUAGUACAGUUACUAGGAAAUCCGAUUCCCAGUCAAUUUCAUUAAGAUCGACAUGGACAGAUUCUUCUCGACCUCGUCGCAGUUCGGGCUAUAAAACUGAACUGGAAACUUCUCCCGAGGAAGUUCCGAAGCCUCAAAGCAAGUUUGUAGAAGCCAAUGCGGAGAAGGAUAAAAAUCCGGCUACAAAACCAGACGUUAGACCUGCGAGUAAGCAGGCCAGCCAUGUGGUUACGAGGAAGCGAAAUUCCGCCAGCAAGCGUGAUGAGUCGGCGGAGGUUCUAAACAACAUGGAAAUGUCAACUGCCAACAGUGGAUUGGAUUCCCCACCAUCUGAGAGAGUUGAGGAUGAUAGAAUUGGCGGUGAUGAUAUGGAAAUAAUAGCCCCAGAAGCCAGGCGCCCGUGGCCGCUGCCGCGACUUAGGACCCGCAAUGCAGACUCGCCUGCUCGGUUAACAGAACUGGAAUCUCCUUUACGGGCAGGCGAAUCCACUCCAACGGAGAUAUCGGAUUCCCGAGCUGCAACCCCGUCUGAAACUGGAGAGUUGUCUGCCGGCCCGUUGUCAACACUUCCGAGCCGAGGUCGUGGACGCGGUGGAUUUAGAGGAAGGGCAAGAGGUAGAGGAUGGACCCGUGGUCGUGGGAGAGGCGGUCGGGGUCGGGGUGCUGGGAGAGGAGGGCGUGGUGGCAGACUCCAACCAAUAGAUCGCGAGAUGUCUUUGUCGCCCAGCCCAGUCAUCAAGCAACUCCGUGACAGACAAAAGGAACUGGAUAAGGUGUUUCGCCGAGUCGCAGCGGCGCAGCGAACAGCGCUCACCGUCAUUGCAAAUCGAUCAGAGUCUAAACUCAUUAAAGAUCCCAAUGCACACAUGGCUGUCCCAGAAUACGACCAAGUAAUGAAUGGUCUUAAAGCGAGAAUGCGCAAGAGACUGGAAAUAAUUGAAAAUGAAUACAAUUGGCGUAAAAAAGCUGCGGAUGCCAUGCUCGAGGCUAACAAAGAACUUGUCAAUAGUAACUUCCAUACCGACGAAUCGGGAUCGGAGCGAAGCGUUACUUCUCAUCGUCGCUCUGUUCGUGGAUUCAACAGUUCGUUUGUCAGAGACCCGAAGGGUGCCGCACUCUAUGACUGGGCUGCCUAUGGUUGGGAGGAGUUUAUACAACGAGCUAAGAUGGAAAAUGACAUUUCCCCUCAAAUAAAGGAGAUAGCCCAAGAGACAACACGGUCUCCAGUUCUAGUCAGCGACAAAAUUUCGCAGCUCACGGAGGCUCUAACCGAACUUUGCGAGCAGGAAGAAGGUCGGACAGCUGUGGGAAAACCUUCCACUGCAAUGCCAGUAGAACCUCCUACUGCGCUGAGUGCUCUUGCUGAUGCCGCCAUGGGCGACAUUGGUCAGCGGCUAGCACAACAGCCCACGUAUGAGCCUCCCUUACCAGGCCCGCAAUUGGCACCAUUUCGCAACCUUCCCGCUGUACCUCAGGAGCCACUCCCGCAGCCAUGUCACCCUCCACUUCAUCAACCACGGUUAACAGACCAUCAUCCCCGCGGAUUGCACCGAACAAUACUCCCCCAGCCUGUACUUGGCCAGAUGAUCCCGCCAACCGACCCACGAUCUCUUCUCCCACCUCCUCCUCCACCGCAACCGGGUUCUCGAGGACUACCCAACCUGCCACGCCGUAUCCUACCCGCCUCCGAUCGAUACCCUUCCAUCCCACAUCUAAACGAACUUCCUGAUCCAUUCUCAUCUGCACCUCCUCACCUGCCCCCACCGCAGGCGCACAGCAUCACCCAGCGCAUCCCCAACACCAACACCAACAUCCACCACCGCUUCAACAUCACCUCCAACCACACCCGCCGCCCCGUCCACAAAAUACCCAUCCAUAUCAACAACCGCAGUACCCGCAAAAUCAACUUCCGCUUCCGCAACCGCCGCCGCCUCGUGAGCGCACCCCACCGCCUCCAUAUCACGAGUAACUAG